AGCACCUUGGCAGAUAUCAAAAACCGAUCGAUAGGAAUUGCGAACACGAAGGGUUUUGAGGCACAAGUUUAAGGUUCUUUAUGGUGGAGUUAAGCUAUACACACCUCAUUGUCAUAAAACUAGAGUAAAUAUCUUACCACUAGUGACAUUUUGUGAGGAAAAAAACAGAGAAGCAAACUUUCAAAAUCUUAACCUUUUGUAACAACAAAUCAAGAGAGGGAUUAUAACAGAAGAACUAAUUCAACCUGAUGACUGACAGAAGCUCUGGAAAAAUUGUUUGUGGGUGAAAUUAGAAAUCAAUUAUCUUAGGGUUAUGUUGAAAGAUAAUUGGGAAGAGAAACAUGGUACUCAUGUGGGCAAUAUGAAUAUGAUGCUUCAAUCUCUUGAAGGAUUUUCUGAUAAUCAACCAUCUUCUAGAAUAGAAGCAGUGAGCUUCAAGCAUCACCAGAAUCACAAUGUAUCAGAAACUCGACCAGUAGUAGAUAAUGGUUUUAGCCAAAGUGAAGCUCAUAAAUCUUUGCCCCCCAUGGAAGCUUCUAGAACAAAUGCAGAAAAAUCUAUAGUUGGUUCUACUUCUAAUAUGCAAGAACUGAUAAAGUUUCUAUCUACCAAUUAUGGACCCUUGAAAACGCCUCUUGAGAUGGGAACUCCUGAAUAUUUGAGACUUGUUGAGAUCUUGCAACAGAGUGAUUCUUAUUCAAAAGUUGGAGGACUUAAUAAUAAUAAUAAUAAUAAUAAUAAUAAUAAUAAUGCUACAAGUGUAGUAGGGAUAUCAGAGCAAAACGAAACACUAAGCAUAAAUAAUGAUGAUGAAGAGAAAGUAGUUGGGUAUGGCAAGAAAAAUGAUUCAAAGAAGCUGUGGGAGGGAUCUCUUCAACUAAGUUCUUCUGUCACUUUAUCCGCAGCUGCCUUCUUUAGAAGUGGUGAGAAAUUGGUUUGUAAUAAUUGGCCUGAAUCCAUACAAGUGAAAGGAAAAGUAAGAUUAGAGGCUUUUGAGAAAUAUGUUAAAGAUCUUCCUCGCUCACGCAACCGUGGAUUAAUGGUUAUCUCGGUAUGCUGGAAGGAAGGAUCUUCCAACACUGGGCUAACAGGCAUGAAAGAGGUAGCGAAAGGAUACAAGAAAAGUUCAAGGGUUGGAUUUGCACAACUUUUAUCAGGAAUAGAUCUUUACAUAUGCCCACGCAGCGACCCCAUCAUCACAAUUUUAGCCAAAUACGGUUUCUUCAAAGGCAUGUCGGUUCUUGAUGACAAGCAACAUGAUUCCAUGAUUGGUUGUGUUGUAUGGCGUAAAAACCGUCCUCUAAAUACCAAAAAUACCCCUGAUUCAAAUCCUUCAAUCCAACCUCCAAAUUCCCCACCUACUUUACAUGGAGAACCUCCUCUGACUUCCAACACUGAAACUGCUACUGAUGUUGACCAUAAUUCUACUACUCCUGAUACUUGUAAUUUGGUGGUUCAGAAAAGGGCGUUUCAGGAUGACGUGGAUGAUCUUCCUGAGUUUGACUUUGGUGCCAGAUUGGCGGUGGUGGUCAACUGUCAAAACAUGGAUAAUUCUGUAGAGCAGUUGGCGAAAAAGACUAAACUUUUUGAUGAUAACGAUGAUGACAUGCCUGAAUGGUGCCCACCACCCAUGCCGCCAUCCAACUUCCAGAAUUUGCCAUUAUGCCCUCCACGACCGCCGCCACCCGUUCCUAUCCUGCCACCGCCACCGCCACGGCUUGACACCCGUCCGUCAUUCUCUUAUCAACCGUUUCGACCUUCCAUUACUUCUCCACCGCCGACUUUCAUGGCAGCUCCACUUCCACCACCGCCACCACUGCCGCUGCCGCCACCAGUCAGGUUCAAUUCUAAUCAAGGUAUGUGGCAUAGGCCGGGUUUGUCGAAUGGUAAUCUGUUGUUUAACAGAAGACCUCCACAGCAUUGAAAUGAAGAAGGAUCUGUAAUAACAGGGUUGGUAGGAAGUUUGUACAUAAGUUGUUGGUUUUUUUUUUUUUUUUUUUUUUUUUUUAAUGAAAUAGGUAGAAGGUGUUUUGCAUGGGUUUCAUGUUGUAGUCUAUGUUCAUCUUUUUGAAUACCUGGAAACACAUGUUAAAUCUUUUCUUGGUUUUUUCUUCAAAAAAUGGCGUUAAAUAGCAACUAACUGUGUUUGAUUGUUUUUAACAACAUAGUUAUUUUUACCCACAA